AUUGUUCCUCCCAACAAAAAAUUCUAAAACAAACCAAGAAAAGAGACCAAAACAUUAAGGGAAAAGAAGCUUCAAGCGUUUCUGGUCAAUGGAGAUCAAGAUACAAGCUGAGGAAUCCCGGCACUGGCCUGAUGAUGAACAAAAACUUCCCCUCUUGCAAGAUAUGUCAAAGUCCGUAACAGAGGAGGAAAGAACCUUGAUACAGAAAGCCAUUCGCCAGACGUUUCAAAGCACAGCUCAUUUGGCCAAUCUUUUACCAACCGGAACAGUUCUUGCAUUUCAGCUCCUAGCACCCAUAUUUUCAAACCAAGGCAACUGUGACUCAGUCAGCCGGUCCAUGACUGCUGGUCUUGUAGCCCUCUGUGGAGCUUCAUGUUUUCUACUGAGCUUCACUGACAGCUAUAGAGACAAGAAUGGAAAUGUCUGUUAUGGCUUUGCUACAUUCCGAGGCUUAUGGAUCAUCGAUGGGUCAACCACCCUUUCACCCGAAGUUGAUGCAAAUUUCCAACUGCAGUUUAUAGAUUUCCUCCAUGCCUUUAUGUCAAUACUUGUAUUUGCAGCUGUUGCACUAUUUGAUCAGAAUGUAGUGAAUUGCUUCUAUCCAACACCGUCGGAUAAGGCUCAGGAGAUUCUCACAGCAUUGCCAGUUGGCAUUGGUGUCAUUUGCAGUAUGUUGUUUGUUGUGUUUCCAACCAAGCGCCACGGAAUUGGGUUCCCCCUGUCUGUAAAUUAACAACUCCUCUUUUGUUAAUUAAGAAAUAUUUGCCUGCGUGCUCCUUAAAAUUGUGGACUGCACACAACGUUAUUUAUUCAUUCUUCCAUAUCAGCUUCCUCCAAGCUCUGUCAAUGUCAGUUAUAUGAUUUCUAUUUUUGUUUGUAAAUCCUAGUUCCACCUUUAAAGAAAUAGCUUUUAAAAACCUCGAUUCUUGACAGGAUAGAUUGUAUCUGGUACUGAUUUAACAAAUGCUUGUCAUA